AUGGAGUGCGAGAGUCAGAAUCCUAGUACCGAUGUUUCUAUGGUUUCGAAUACCUGCAGUAUUGUGGGUAAUUUGGAUCAUAAUGUUUCUUAUAGUCAAGCAGCAAGAGGUUUUGGUGGGUCCCGAAAUCCUUUAUAUGAAGGUGAAGAGGGCGAGGAAGAGUUGGAUUCGGCUGAUGAUCAGGGGUAUGAAGAGGGCCCUUGGAUGAUAGGUGAGAGUUAUCUCACGAUUAGAAGAUGGGUCCCGAAUUUCAUAGCGGAUGAAGCUCCUAUUAAAACCCUUACUGCAUGGGUUAGGAUUCCUCAUCUUUCAGUUGAGUAUUUUGAUAAGCAAAUACUUCACAAGAUAGGAUCCAAAAUAGGAAAAGUCAUUAAAAUUGAUAGAAAUACUGAGUCGAUGGAUCGAGGUCCAUAUGUGCGCUUUUGCAUUGAAGUGGAUUUAUCUAAACCUUUGUUGUCCAAAUUCGUGUUGAAUAAGAGGACUUGGAUUAUUCAAUAUGAAGGUUUGAAGUUGAUAUGUUUCAAGUGUGGACGUUUGGGGGAUAGAGAGGAUAACUGCCACCAGUUUCUAGGAAAGGAAACUAGCACAGUAGCUGACAAGAUUGAAGUUCCUAAGAAGAAGGAUGAGGGGGGAAGCAACCAUAGUGGCACUUAUGGAGCUUGGAUGUUGGUUCAAAAACCAGGAAGAAAAUAUGUCCCAAAGCUUAAUCAUUCGAGCAAUGAUAAUAAUUAG